AUGAGCAACUCGACUAUGAGCAACUCGACUAAGACAAAUAUAUUUGAAACUGCGUAUCAUGCAGGUGUAGAGGUUAUAGAGCAGAUUAAAGUUGCAUAUUCGACGCCAAAGAAUUGUGUUAGUAGCUAUUGGUGCCUAAUUCCAAUGAUUUUGCUUAUUUUGAUUGGGAUUAUUAUGUUGUUGUCUAUUUAUUACUAUUUUAUGACUAUUAUACGUACAUGUUGUUGUUGUUUUUUAUGCAAGCCUGUGGGUCGGUUUGCAAGAGCAGAGCCGGCUGUUGUUGUACAGCCGACUGUUGUUCCAUCUUACCCUGUGUAUUCUUACAAAGAUUAUGGAUAUAAGGAUUAUGGGAAUGGUGACUAUUAUCCUAAAAACUAUGUUUCUAGAGAUUUCCCUUCAUGGAAACCACAUAAAGCGGAGAUUCGUCAUAGAACAGAUGCUUGCUAUGACUCUUCUCCAAAGUGUAUGUUAGAUCCGAUGCUUCCUCAAAAGUCUCCACGUAGGAAGAAAUUACUUGAGUUCGGCAAGCAGAAGUCUCAAGUAUUACCUGCUGAUGUUUCAUGUGAUGAGAUGUCAUGUCAUUUUUCUUCAGAUUUGCCUCUGGAAUUAAGUAGUGUGUAUGAUAAGGAGAAUUCAAGAGAUUUUUGGGAGAAUUAUGAAGUAGAAUCUCCUAAAGAUGCUGAUAAGCAAGUUUCUCAUAGAAAACAUCUUUCAGAAUUUUCUGUCAAUUCGAUUUUUGGUUGUUAUAGUGAUAUUAGUCAACAAAGUUCAAAUAAUAGUGUGAAAAGAGUAAAUUCUGGUCAAUAUACGAAUAAUGCUGUAUCUCGUGUUGGUGUUUUAAAUGGGGUAGAGAAUACGUGUUAUUCUCCAGAUAUUUAUGGCAAAACUAGAGGUUAUUCAAGAUUCUAG